UCUAGUGUUAGCCUCCUGCCAUCCCACCGCAUCAACCUCUCCCCUCUCCCGCCAUCUUCACGUUGCCCGCCGUGCCCACACACCCCUAUAAAGGCUACAAAAAUGCAUUCAUCUACCACUAUGUCAGCGUCCGAGUUACUGCUGUCCGCCAGCAACACCUCCGUCAAGAAGCGGGAAGGCAAGGACAAACCUGAGGGUGCACUAGAGACAGACGCCGACGUCAAGAGGCAGGAGGCCAAGAUCAAGAGGGAACGUUUGGUGACAAGUUUAGCUCUGGGAGUCUCGCUGCCAUCGGGACUCGAGCUGCAACCUCAGGACCGCUGGGAGGCUUUUCUUGUCCGGGCGGAAAGGCGGUUGAGGAUGCAACUCACAUUGUCGGCGAUCAUCCUAUUUGGCUCCAUCCUGUUCAUAGCAUCAGCGCAUUUCACGCAGCCGCACCCUUUGACGUCUACCGCCUCCUACAAGGCGUUUCUAGUAACGGCCUUUGUGUCAUCCGGCUCACUCGUUCACACCAUCUGUACCAUCCCCAGAUUACGGGUCAUUUUACAAACACCAUCACCACAUCUCAUGAUGUGUGACUUGCAUCCACCUUUACUGUAUGCAGUCCGCUCGCCUGUGGACAGUUUAUCUCGAUUUGUUAUAACUUACAAAUGGAGUGAACACGCGAGGCACUUUCCAGCCUGAACAUCCCAAACAUAUCCUCCUUGCUCACGUCCCGCAC